UUCCUGGCUCCUCACCCCUCACCGCUGCUCCCUUUUCUAGCAAAGCCUCUCUCUCUCUCUCUGCAGAAGUGAAAAUCCAAAACCUAAGAAAAUGGCAGCUUUUAGAACUAACUUUCUUCUGAGAGAAAUCUUCCAUGCUUCCCCGUUUGUAAGAUUCCGGCCGAUGUUUUCAACACCGGCGCCGCUCGACGUCUUUCGAUCCCUAUCUUGUUCCAUCAGGAGCAGCCGGAUUCAGUGCAUGGCGUCAGAUUCCGGCGACUCCGGGAAGAAGGUGUCAGCUCGUCUUUCGCAGAUGCAAGAGCUUCUGCAGAAAGCCGAAGAGAGGUCUCUUUCUGCUGGCAGCGGGCCUACCCCGAAGAUCACAUUGGACCAUGUUACUGUUAGUUUUGCAAGAAGUGGUGGGCCUGGAGGUCAGAAUGUCAACAAAGUGAACACUAAGGUGGACAUGCGUUUCAAUGUUAAGGAUGCAUAUUGGCUGAGCGACUGGGUUAGGGAAAGAAUUAUGCAAAUGGAAAAGAAUCGCAUUAACAAAGAUGGGGAGAUUGUGAUUUCUUCUACAAAGACCAGAACACAGAAGGGUAACAUUGAAGAUGCUCUGGAGAAACUUCAGGCAAUUAUUGAUGCUGCUUCAUAUGUCCCACCACCUCCUUCAGAAGAGCAAAAGAAAAAGAUUGCCAAGUUGGCUGCUAUUGGGGAGCAAAAGCGGUUGCAGAACAAGAAAGCUCUGUCACAAAAGAAAGCAAUUAGGAGAAGCAAAGAUAGCUGGGAUUGAUCGUAAGGUGAAAAUGCAAGGAUUUAAGCCUCGAACCAUUUACAUGAAUACUACUAUUCUUGCACGGGAUUGGAUCCAACUGGUCCUGCAACCCCAGAAGAUGAGGAUGGAACCGCACUACCAGAUGAAAGAAAUCUAGACAUGUCCCAAGAAGGAUUAAACAACAAUCUUUGUACUCUGUAUAUAAUGGCACCCUUCUUUCUAUAGAAUUCCUUGAUUUUCAAAUUUUCAUUGUAAAAUGUAAUUGACCAGGAUGGUCAUGCUACAUAUCCAUUAAUGGCUAUUUUUAUUUCUCCA